UGAUGCACCACAGCACGACCUAUCGGACCACUUUUUCAAUGCAGUACAUGUAGACUUUCGCUUUCUGUAAAUUCAAAAAUAGAAAGAAUGCCUGGCCUCAUCCUGAUCUCUGUGGAAAAUGAUGGCGCGUGAUGAUCUGAAUGUCGCGGUAGAAAAAGAAAAUCUUGAUCCUCUAUGUUAAGAAGAAAUAGUGCUCUGCGAAAAUGAUAAAUAAAGAAUGGAUCAUCAUCAAGGUCAGAGGCGUCACCUCUUGAGUCGGUCUUCUGAAACGAUGCAACGCAAAUCGUGGCGAUGACCAAUGUGGAUGAUCUGCAAGACAAGGAGAAGAUCUGGUUUCUCCUUCUGCUGGGUGCGGGUGAAGCUGAAAGAUAGGGGAGUAGCAGAGUCGCCUUGUAUAUAUAAUAUCUUUAUCAUGUUAUUUCUUGUAGCUGGGUGGAAAGUGAGCUCAGCUUGCUUGCAUACCUUAGACUUACGGCUACGACGCAAAUGAAAAAACAUUCCUAACAAAUUAUACGCAGUUUGAGUCGGUUCCUUUAUUUAGUGUUUUGGAGUUUUGGAGUAUUCUGGAACCUGUUUCUCGCUAUCAGUAGAAAACGACACAACUUCCGUGAAGCUGUUUAUUUUCAGGCGGCCACCUCGCCCGCCUGAAGCUCUCCAGCACUGUAUUUCCGAAAACCGCACUACUUGGCACUAUUUACAUGCUCACACAGCAGGGGUACAGUGCCAAGAUCCUGCAACAGGAGUUGACGCGAUGCCUGGACGACAUGCGGGAGCUCUACACGAACAGGCGUGGCGUCGGCUGACGUGCAAUUUGAAGUGACCAUGUGGUUUGGUUCCUGUUAUUCGGGACGAUGGUGGUGCGUUGGUCCUUACUGCGUAAGUAUUAUUACCUCCCCACUGGAUAGCUCGUUUUUAUUACUGAUCUGCGAUGCUAAUUUACCACUCGGCAUAGACUGCGACUUUUAGAUCACGCGCAUUACAGUUCUCCGAUAAAUAUUAUCUCCCCACUGAGUAGCUCGCUCUCCCUUUUCACUGAUCCUGCACGACGCGCCUUGUCCCCCUGUAUUUCCAUCGAUUCGACCGGUAGCACAUCUGUAAAAAUCGCAUGAUCUUCACGUUCUGAGCAUUUUCAUACGUCUCGCCUUGUUCCACUGUAUACCUCGCGACUUGAUCUCUCUAGCUGACUGUAUAAUUGUUACACUGGCAUGCUCCGAAAACUCCCCACACGAAAACUUGGCUUUGUGUGAAAUUCUGACAGGUUGACAGGGAUUGAAGUUAGCACUGCCAUGCUUCUAGCUUUGGCCUUCCAUGCAACGCACUUGAAAGCUGUUCUCUCUUCUUUGUUGUGUAUAUCCUGACUGCUUUGAAGAUUUCGGAGCAGUUGUCGUUUUCGGCAGUUGCAACAAACCCGAAGCAGUUCUUUUAAGUUUUGAUUGACUUCUCUUCAUCAUUUUAUCGUAUUAGUUUUACUGCUCCCAAAGAAAAAGAACAUGGCGAAGAAUUUUUCGAGUUGUUUUGUCUCGUUUCCGACGAUGGGUACGAGAGUUGCUGCGGCUGCAUUGCACCACUUCAUACUUGGGAUCGUACUUUUCUGGUCCGAUGAUCGGGUCGCGCCGUCUUUUCUGUUUUCCGGGAAAACAAAUCUCGGACUCACUUUCGUCCACGGCGUUUCUGCGGGUAGUCCGUCGAGUAGCUCCUCUAGUGUGUCGUGGCGUGGAGGGGGGGUUGCGUCCAGCACUGACGCUGCCUCUUCGUCAGAAGAGGACAUGCGCAAACUGCGGCAGGUCGCAGCCAGGAUGCUCCCACGUGAAAGCCGGGUCCGGCAAAAUGAAGUGGCGUUGAUGUGGCACGACACUUUUCGCCAGGCUUCUUCGCGUCUUAAUGGGAUUGAUCCGAGUCGACGUCAAGAUGAAGACUGUGGUCCUAAUUAUGCAUACAAGGGCCCGGCGUCAGGAGGUGGAAGUUCUACCGGGGGCGGAGGUUUUGAGCCUCCACGUGUGCCUGCAGGUGGAACUCCCAAUGGCAAUCUGGCCGGUUUCGCCGGAGAAGGAAGCAGGAAUCGUCCUCCGACUGUCGGAGGAACUCCUGUAACGUCGAGAAACAGCCGGCGGAGGGGGAAAAGAGGAGGACGCGGCGGCCAGAGAGGACAGGAGCUGCAUGAGCAGCCACAGGUGGCGCAACAUGGUACUAACGGCGAGGAUCAUCAUCAUACUGAGGUGGGUAAUUCUUCCGCUAGUCAGAAUCUUCUUCAACGGGAUCGGCCAGAAGUACGAGGUGGAAGCGCCGUUGUGACUCCUGGGCGGGGAAUAAACGCUGUACCUGCCGUUGCUGGCGAGGGUGAGGGACGUGGGAACGAAGUCGAAGGCACUGCACCGCAAAAUCCGGCACUGUUCAACGAUCUUCUUCAAGCCGGAAACGGAGAGAGGUGGGCGCAACAGAUGCACGACGGCAUUCUGAGAGCGAUACAACUCCGACGGGAUGCAGAGCAAGCGGAGCAGGCAGCACAGAUGCGGCAGCUGCGCAAAAGCACGCGUUUGGGUGGUGGCUGAGGUAAAGGGUUUAAAAGUAUGGAUGUUGUCGUGUAGCAGCUCCUGUGAGAAGAAAGUGUACAAAUCGGGGGGCGUGCGACAUUCACGACAUUGCUGCUACUGCAUUGCAAUUCGAGAUGACUGGAAACAGGAAGCAGAUUCUUUGCAGUGUUGCAGGGAUCUCAAAAAAAAAAAAAAACGGCCGAUAGCAGAUAUUAUGCUGAGGCACGAUGCAGCAGGAGAAGGAGAUGAUGAGUUGGAACUGGAACAAGUUAUUUCUUGCUGCGGUCUAUAUCAAUCUAUUUGUAUCUCCAUGCAUGUCGUCCUUGCGACAGGAUCAACGCGUUGAUGCCGCAGUCGCUCUGGUGCAGCUGUUCUUGCUGCAUGAGUCGUUGUAGAAGUAGUUAUGCUUUUAUGCAUCUAGAACUAGAACUAGAUAUAUCGCUGCGGGAACUCCCAUGAUAAUAGCGAGCAGAUUUCGUGUACAAUGAAGACGAACAGUGGAGGGCAAAAACAUCUGCUGCUCCGGAGGCGGCUUGCUCUUCUACUUCCGGAAGGGGCUCGAC